CUCAUUGGCCGGGUGAUGGAACACGGGGCGGCAAUCAAACACUGCAUCAUUAGUCGUGGAGAUCAUGAGCUGAGGCAGCGUGUUUAUCUGGUCUUACUGAUCCUGCACUGUCCUAAUCCAUCCUGCGCUCCCCACAACUCUCCAGAAACACACUCCAUUCUGGCGGGCGUGCACACACCGGCAGAUUCACUCAGCUUCCGCAUCGCUCUCCCUUCUCCAUCUCUGUGUCUCUAUCCCUCCCUGUUCUCUCCGCUGGUGGAUUUUAGCCCCACUGCUGCGUGGAACACCGCCAAAAUGUCUGACAAGCCUGACAUGACCGAGAUCGCCCGUUUCGACAAGACAAAGCUGAAGAAGACAGAGACAAAAGAGAAAAACCCUCUGCCCACCAAAGAGACCAUAGAGCAAGAGAGGAAAGGCGAUGCCACACCUUGACUUCUGAGCACAUGAAGAAAAAGAAGCUGAGAUGCCACAGCAAAAAGCACUUUCUUUUGAUUAUCACAGUAUUUCAAUCUCUUACUUUGUCUUCAGAUAAGGGUGCUCUUGAGCUCCCUGGGGUGCCGUAAAUGUUCAUGGUAUCCUCACAUGGGGGUUCUCUUACCACUCUGGUGGAAAAAAAAAACUUUAGCCUGGGUGCCUGUCUCGCACUGUUAGCCUGUAGCUAGCAUGUCUCCAAUAUUGCCAAACUGGGGAGUGGUGUAGUGAUG